AUGGCGAGGCUCGUGUCGUGGCGGAGUUUCCCGGCCGCGUUGCUCCUCGCGUCUCUGGGUCUCGUGGCUCCCCCCGCGACGCUCGGUUUCUUCCUUCGGAAGUGCAUUCAGGACGCCAGGUUCGAGACGUCGGUGGCGUGCGUGGACGCGCGCAUCACGGACGCGCGGGACGCAAUCGCUGACCUCCACGGGAGCCCACAGACCCUAAACCUGUCCCGCAACGAGAUCGCUCAGCUCACGUCGGGCGGGUUCAAGAAUUUGAGUCGGCUCGUGAACCUGCGCCUCGACAGGAACCGCAUCCGCAGCAUCCAGCCGGGUGCCUUCGAAGGGCUCAAGGGUCUGCGCAGCCUCAACCUCACAGGGAACAACAUCGCCCACCUGGAAGCGGACGCCUUCAAAGGAGCAGAAGGUCUCCUCGAGCUCCUGCUCGCUGGGAACACGCUGAAGGUCGCGCCCGAGCCGUUUCGACCGCUGCGACAACUUGUGAACGUGAGCCUGAUGGAGAACUCCCUCUGCGACUUCUCUCGCGUCGUGGAAGCCGUGUCCGUGCUGCCGAGCCUGCGCUCUCUCGACCUCGACGGGAACAACUUCGCCGUGCUCAGCGUGAGUGGGGCGAGCAUCAGGCUCCCUGGGAGCGUCAGGAGCCUUCACAUCGCCGGGUGCGGCGUCCACAGAAUCACGCUGCCCGGUGACUUCUUCGCGAACGUCGCUUUCCUCGACAUGUCCCGCAACAACCUGACGGACGCAUCGGGCCUGGCGGCACUCAAACUGAGCAGAGUCGAGGAGGUGUUCUUGGGAGCGAAUAAUCUCAGCAGCGGCGCCUUCAAGCAGCUGCGUUCUCUGUCGCCCACGACGCUACACAUGACCAGCGCGGGGCUGAGCAGCACGAGGAGUUUGCAAUCGCUUUGCAACUCGACCUUGGGACGGCGAGUGAGCACCCUCACGCUGCUCUCAAACGACAUUCGUGCGUUCACGGACGCCUUCACCUGGUGCCGCGAGCUCGCGAGUCUUGACCUCUCGAUCAACAACCUCAAGUCCAUGGGGAAAUACGAACUGGUCAACGGUUCCAGCAGGCUGCGCGAUCUGACCGUGCAGCACAACCACCUCACUUCGCUUGAGUCUUGCUGGAACAGCAACGCGAAUACUCUGCGGUGUGCCAAUCUCUCUCAGCUCGAGACUCUGGCCCUCACCUACAACAGGAUCACGCAUCUGGACGGACACGCGCUAAUCCACGCCCCGAAUCUGCUCUCCCUUGCCCUAAACUUCAACACGAUCGCAACCAUCAACUUCACGGCCUUUGCAGGCCUCACCAGACUUGUGCAUCUCCGUCUGGACAACAACCUCAUCACAAACAUCAGAAAACAAUUCUUCCACGGUCUGGAUAACUUGGAAACCCUCAACAUGAGGAACAAUAAGGUAACCACGAUCUUCUCGCACACCUUCACGUUUCUGAAACAUCUUCAGAUUUUGGAUCUGGGUGGAAACCGCAUCUCUUCGUUGAAACAAAACGCAAUGUCCGGACUGCAUCGUCUGAGGAAUCUCUACAUUGAUGGGAACUUCCUCAGGAUCAUUAAUUCGCAUAUGUUCAAUGGGCUGCACUCGCUCCAUAACCUUGACUUGGUCCGAAACAGCAUUUCAUACAAAUAUCGCUGCCAGAGCAACUCUCCAUUCGUGAACCUCACCAACCUCACCACGCUCAAGCUGAGCGCCCAGCAGCCGUACGGACUGCAGAGCAUCCCCGUCGACCUCUUCACGGGUCUACGAUCGCUCAAGUACCUUUACCUGGCAGGGAACAAGAUCACCUUCCACAACACGCUGCCAUUCGACGAACUGGUGAACCUAAAAUACCUGGGCAUGCAAGACGUGUGUAGCGGCCUGCAGAACAUGAAUGCGAACAUGUUCCAGAAACUCACACAGCUCGGGACUCUGGAUCUGGGCAACAUCGGCAUCAACUUCCUGAACAAAAAACAGUUCCAGAAUCAGAGCAACAUGCGCGUCCUCUACCUGGGCGCCAACGGAAUCAGGGCCAUGAUCGAGGACGUGAUCGCACCCAUGAAGGAGCUGCGCUACCUGGACGUGACCUCCAAUCCCCUGCAGUGCACGUGCGAUAACGCGUGGUUCAAGAACUGGUCGCGGAGCAGCGACGUGCAGGUGGUCGGCCUCUACGGCGUCUCGUGCUCCGGCGACAACGGCGCGGCGGGCAACUCGUCCCGUCUCUUCGUCGACUUCGACGCCUCCGUGUGCUACGAGAAGUGGGGCAAGGUCAUGUUCAUGCUCACGCUGCCCUUCUUCUCGCUGCUCACGGCGUGCCCGCUCGUGUUCGUGAAGGCGCGCUGGCACAUCCGCUACGGCUACUACAUGUUCCGCGCCUGGUUCCGCGAGUACCGGCGUCGUGACGAGGACGCGCGCGCCUACGACUACGACGCCUUCAUCUCCUACAACUCCCGCGACGAGGACUGGGUCAUGGCCGAGCUGGUGCCGCGGCUGGAGCAGGAGGGGCCCACGUUCUGCAAGCUGUGCCUGCACCACCGCGACUUCGCACUGGGCAAGUACAUCGUGGACAACAUCGUGGACGCCAUCUACAGGAGCCGCAAGACCGUCUGCGUGAUCAGCCACAGCUACCUGGAGAGCGAGUGGUGUUCGUGGGAGAUCCAGAUGGCCGCCUACCGCCUCUUCGACGAGCACAAGGACGUGGUCAUCAUGGUCUUUCUGGAGGACAUCCCCGACUACAAGCUUUCCGCCUACCACCGCAUGCGCAAGAUCAUCGGCGACAAGACGUACAUCAACUGGCCCGAGGAUGCUGCCGGGAAGGACCUCUUCUGGGCGAAGCUGCGAGCGGCGAUCAGAGGACCUCUGGCCAUGGAGAGCCGCCUCGUGUGACGAGAACCCCCAACGCACUGACAGUGAGGUGGAGGGUGCGCUGGGGUACGGAUCAUGCUGUGGUGGUAAAGCAGUUUAACGCGCCGCGCUGUGAACCUCGAUACCCAAGUUCGAUUCCCGCUCACGGCCAAUACCAAGUGACGAUUGUCUGAACCGGUCCUGGGCAUCCCCUAGGUCGACUCAGCCUCAAAUGAGUACCUGUUGCGGUGUGUAAACAUCGCCGCUAGGGAGUAGGGAGAGAAGGGCGGCCGGGCGUGGCGCUGGCCAACCACCCCCUUUCUCGUGCCAUGCCGGUCUUUAUAGGUGCUCGCUAAUUUGUUUCAGGCUAUACGGGGGAUCUUUGUCUUUGUAGUU